GGGCUGCAGGUCACUCUCUGCCCGCCUGCCACCAGCAACUGGAGUUCAGGUGUAGCGAUGGUUCGUGCAUCCCGAGACUGAGCGUGUGUGACGGACACGAACACUGUGAGGACGGAUCAGAUGAGCACCGCUGUGAUCAUCCGUGGUGUAAGAAAGACGAAUUUGCCUGCCGCAGCAGACGGUGCAUAUCUCUGCAUUUCCUUUGCGAUGGCGUGGACAAUUGUGGUGACGGGAGUGACGAGGCCUCCUGCCGGAACUGCACCGCUGCCGGCCUCUUCUCCUGCGGGCUGUCUGACGCCUGCCUUCCUCGAAACAAGCUGUGCGACGGACGAACUGACUGCAAAGACGGGUUGGACGAGUCUCUGGAGUUGUGUGGUUGGUCUCAGCCACGUCCGCAGACCUCUCCCGCAUGUACGCCAUCUGAGUUUCAGUGUGGUGACGGGCAGUGCAUCCGCCACACCUGGAGGUGUGACCACACAACGGACUGCUCUGAUGGCAGCGACGAGAACAACUGUGAUCAGAACGAGUGUCAGGUAAAUAAUGGAGGCUGCUCUCAUCGGUGCGUGGACCUGCCGAUGGGUUACCUCUGCGACUGCCCCGACAACAUGAGGCUGGUCGGGGACAGCCAGUGUGAGGAGGUCAACACAUGCCUGGAAAGCGAUGUGUGUGAUCAGCUGUGUGUCCACAAGAAUGACAUCGUCACUUGCGGCUGCCACAAAGACUACGAGAUGAAUCCAACAACCGGAGAGUGCAAGGCCAAAGGAGAUGAGGCUCAGCUGGUUUUUACCUCUUCCAAAGGACUACAGUGGUUAAGCAUCACUGGCACUGAGUACACUGAACUGGCUCCGUAUCUACCAGGACCAGGGCCAGUGGCAGCCUUGGCCUCUAACCGAACACUGUACUGGGCCCGGCAGGGACGAGGCUCCAUAUACAGGGUCUCCAUGGAUGGAAAUCCACAGGAUUCAGUGUUGGUGAUGAAAGUGCAAGGUUCAGUGUCAGGCCUGGCUGUAGACUGGAUCCACCAGCUCUUCUACUGGUCCAGUAUGGAGAGCGGUUCUGUUAAUGUCGGCCUGCUGGACGGUUCGGCUCAGCGGCGGCUUAUCACAGGACUGGACAAACCCUCUGCAGUGGCUGUGGAUCCUCUUCAAGGGCUUCUCUUCUGGACUCAGUGUGGCGUCUCCUCAAAGAUUGAGCGGGCUAGCUUGGACGGUCGAGACAGGGUGGCUCUUGUCACUUCCUCAGUUCGCCAUCCUGUCGCUCUCUCUCUGGAUAUGCCUCGCCAGCUGCUGUACUGGGUUGACCAGGGAAUGAGAACCAUCUCCAGAGUAAAUCUAGAGGGACGUCACCGUAAAACAGUGGUAGAGUCUAACGGUUAUCUGGACCGGCCCUUUGGACUGGCUGUGUUUGAGGGUUUUGUGUAUUGGAGUGAAGAAGUGACGCGAUCCAUCUGCCGAGCCAACAAACACAACGGCAAGUACUUCCAAGUACUGCUGUCAAACGCCACAUCCCCGGGUGGCGUGGCCAUCAUUCAGCCUGUUCUUCAGCCAAACGGGCCAUCUGUAUGCGGACAUACCAGGAUGGUAUGCCAGAACGAGUGCAUGGUCGACUUGCAGCCUGAGAGUCCACUGUUCAGCUGCUCUCCUACAGAAAUGGAACACAACAAAUCUUGUGAAAUUCCUGCCAUUUCUCGCACAGUACCUGCAUCGACUUUAUCAGAUCCUACAUUUGCAGGAAUCCUCUCUCUUAUCAUGUUUCUCAGUGUGCUGCUUGUGGGAAUGGCCCUGUGGUGGUGGAGAGAGGAGUUCAGGCCGUCCAGGUCUCUCGCUGAGCAGAGCUUCUCCCUCAAAGAGUCCCAGGACCCGCUCAUCAACCAGGGGCCACCCAUCAGUCUAAACACAUGUCUCAUCAAGG